AUGGCUUCUACUUCUGUAGCCCCCGAGGGCGGCACAUGGCUUGACACCAUGAAGAGGUCCUUCAAGGACGUGCCCAUCGACGAGUCCAGUGAUAAUGCUAUCUCAACCACGGAGUUCCUUGAAGCUGCGGAGUCUCUGGUUAAGCUAUUUGAUAUCCUUGGUUCUGUCGCUUUCACCCCCGUUAAGAACGACUUGCUGGGCAACAUCAAGAAAAUCCGAGACCGCCAACUUGCUGCCCCAGCAGAGUCCGAAACCCUCCAAGCCCUUGUUACCAACGAACUGAAGGCAAAACAGCACAAAGCCACCGAGGGAACAAAACAUAGCGGCCUUGAUUUCACUGCCCAGGCUUUCAGCAAGAAUCUUGCUUCGGAUAGUGACGAGCUGUCAACCUCCUUCCGAGAGGCAUAUACAAACACCUUAAAGCCGCAUCAUAGUUUCGUGGUGAAACCUAUCUUCAGUGGUGCUAUGUCAGCAACUCCGUAUAGGAAAGACUUUUAUGCGAAGUUGGGGAAAGACGAGCAACAAGUUCAUGCCGCAAUGAGAGCCGAAAUCGCUGCCUUGGAGAAAAUAGUAACCAUUUUGAAUGAGUUCUUGGCAAGGAAAGAGUGUAAAUGGUAA